AUGUACCGCGGGAAACCAGUCGAUAAUCCAGGCGAGCCUUCGUCGUCAACAUCGUCUACAGGCAGCGCAUCCGGCGCUCCAUCGUCCUCAGCCCUCUCCAAGCCUUUCAAAGUCCCGACAGUCUCUUCAGACAGACUUCGAUCAGCAGCUCCAAAGCGCGUUGCGAAGAAGCGAGUGUCAUACAAGGAAGACGACUUGAAAGAAAAUCGCAAAAGGGGCAGAACUGAUGACGCAUAUGAGGAUGAUAGCGGCGUCGAUAGGGAAUUAGGUUUCGACCUCAAGACACUCUAUCCAGUAUACCAAGUACGCUCAGCGAGUGCCGUACUAGGACGGGGAUUCAGAAUACCUUCGAUCAAGGAUAAAUCGACGGGCGAGCAAGUGGUUGUACCGCUGUCGGGCGUCGCGUUGGGCACGCGCAUACAACCUCCCAUGCCACCCAGGCCUCUACAUGAUCCUAUGGGCGAGCAUGCUAUUGUGCUCUAUGAUCCUACUGUGGAUUUUGUCGAGGAGGUGAAGGAUGAAAGUGAGAGUGUGGCCCCCGCUGAACCUCCUAAGCCUGUCGAUAGGCGCAAUCGCUCCGUUAAGGAAAUACUCGGUAUCAAAAAUAGAGACGAGCUCGAGAAGGAGGUCCAGCAGGUGCCCGUCGUCAUUGAUCCUAGACUAUCGAAAGUAUUACGGCCCCACCAAGUUGAAGGUGUCAAGUUUUUGUACAGAUGUACCACUGGUCUCGUGUCGCCGAGCGCUCAUGGUUGCAUCAUGGCAGAUGAAAUGGGUUUAGGUAAAACACUUCAGUGUAUCGCUCUGCUCUGGACUCUGCUCAAGCAGUCACCCCGUCCUGGGAGGCCGACAGUGGAUAAGUGCAUCAUCGUAUGUCCAAGCUCGCUUGUGCGAAAUUGGGCGAACGAAUUUACAAAAUGGCUCGGUCCAAAUCAAGUUGGAUGUUUAGUUGUCGAUCACAAAGGCACAAAGGAGCAACUGCACAACGAAGUCAAGCAAUGGUGUAUGGCAUCGGGAAGGAGUGUUACUCUACCAGUCAUGAUCGUAUCGUAUGAGACUCUCCGAACACUUCAAAGUGUAAUUGGUAAAGCGCAAGUUGGUUUAAUGAUGCUCGACGAAGGUCACAGAUUGAAGAAUUCAGAAUCGACUACAUUUAAGACACUCACUGAGAUACAGUGUACACGGCGAGUCAUUCUCUCAGGUACACCCAUACAGAAUGACCUAUCAGAGUACUUCUCGUUGCUUCAAUUCGCUAAUCCUGACUACCUCGGUAAUAAGAAUGAGUUUAGGAAGAACUUUGAAAAUAUCAUUUUGAGAGGUCGCGAUGCCCUCGCAACAGAUAAGGAAAAGCAGAUGAGUGAGGAGAAGCUGAAGGAACUUAAUGGAUUAGUCAGUAAAUUCAUUAUACGGCGUACAAACGACAUUCUUUCAAAGUUCUUACCAGUCAAGUAUGAGCAUGUGGUAUUCACGGGAAUGUCACCACUGCAGUUGGAGCUGUACAAAUUCUUUAUCAACUCUCCUGAAACACAAACCAUGCUGAAAGGAAAAACAUCAAGACCACUGAAAGCCAUAACGAUUCUCAAGAAGCUGUGUAAUCAUCCAGAUCUGGUUAGCAUUAAGGAUGAUAUACCGGGCUCUAAGAAUCUUCUACCUCCUGAUUAUGUUGCAGAGAGAUUGGAUAAAAACCUGCCACCAAAUCCUUCAUGGAGUGGCAAAAUGAUGGUCUUGAUGAGAUUUAUACAACGCAUGCGUGCAAACUCUGACGACAAGAUUGUCUUGGUUAGCAAUUAUACCCAGACGCUCGAUCUACUCGAGAAGCUCUUCAUGGCACUAAGGUGGUCAUUCCUACGUUUAGACGGAACAGCUGCAGUUUCUAAGCGUGCAAAGCUGGUCGACAGAUUCAAUCAGCCAGAUUCAAGGGAGUUCAUCUUCCUCCUCUCCUCUAAAGCUGGUGGAUGUGGAUUGAAUCUGAUAGGUGCAAACAGACUGAUAUUGUUUGAUCCAGACUGGAAUCCAGCUGCAGAUCAGCAAGCGCUUGCGAGAGUGUGGCGUGAUGGACAGAAGAAAGAAUGCUUUGUGUAUAGGUUCAUCGGUACAGGUACGCUAGAAGAGCAAGUCCUGAUGAGACAGGCAUACAAGCAGUCGCUGUCGGCGUGUGUAGUGGAUGAAGCCGAAGACGCCGAUCGACACUUCUCCAAGGACUUGCUGAGGGAGAUAUUCAAGCAUUACCCAGAUACGCCUAGUCACAUGCACGAUACGUUCAAGUGUAAGCGUUGUGAUGCAGAGACGGGGAAGCAGAAAGUAAAAGCGCCUGCAUUGUUAUAUGGAGAUGUUAGCACGUGGAACCACUAUUCAAACGCGUGCCUGGAGAAUAUUCACGAUGAUUUGCUCAGGGCAGAAACUGGAGUGGGUGAUGUAACCAAAGUUUUCCAAGGUUUCGCUGAAUUUAGCUUACGCUUCGUUGUACCAUUACCACCACAAAACACAGCAAAUAGCGAGUUGAUGGCUACUCAGCCACAGCCAGAUAAGAAAACUUCAAAAUUCAGCAAAUUAUUUGAUAAGAAGGAUAAGGAUAAGGAUAAGGAUAAGGAUAAGGAGCAGGUGCAGUCUUCUGCGGGCUCAGAGCACUCGCAGCAUUCACAGCAACCACAGCAACCAGCUUCACGGCCACCAUCACGGCCACCUUCAAGGCAACAGGCAAAGAGGGCAAACAGCGAAACCAACAGUGACGGUGGCAGUAAACUCAGUCACGCCCUGUUAGAUUUAUUACCCGCGCCACUUAAUAGAAAAUCAUCAGCAUCUUCACACAAUAAGGAUAAGGAUGAUCAUAAUUCAACAGCUUCUUUGGGUAAGAAGUACGGCGUUUGUGAUAAGAUCGCUAUCGGCAGAGGCGCAACUGCUGUUGUUCGAUUGGCCCAUCGUUGGGAUAGAUCAGACGAAAAAUUAUUUGCUGUUAAAGAAUUCAGAAAGAGGCGUAAAAAUGAAACUGAGAAGGAAUACGUUAAGAAGCUCACUUCAGAGUUUUGCAUUUCAUCCACUUUACAUCAUAAUAACAUCAUUGAGACAGUAGAUUUAGUUAAAGAUGAGAAUAGCCAUUGGUGUGAAGUUAUGGAGUAUUGUCCUGGUGGUGACUUGUACGCUGCUAUCAAGAAAGGUCAACUUGGUGAUAGACUUGCUAUGGGUUUCUUUAAGCAAAUUCUAUCCGGAAUUAGUUAUUUACACUCUAUGGGUGUCGCUCAUAGGGAUAUUAAGCCUGAGAAUUUGUUACUUGAUGGUAGAGGUUCUGUUAAGAUUACAGACUUUGGUGUCUCAGAUGUAUUUAGAAUGUGCUGGGAGAAGAAGACACACAUGUCAAAAGGUCUAUGUGGGUCAGAGCCUUACAUAGCACCAGAGCUAUUCGAACAGAAAGAGUACGAUGCUAGAUUAGUUGAUAUUUGGUCAGCAGCUAUCGUAUUCUACUGCAUGACCAAUCAAGAGUUGCCAUGGCGAGUUGCUAGAAUCGCUGAUCCAACUUUCUCACAAUAUGAGCAAACAUGGAAGAGACCACCAAAGUUGACAGAGUUACAUCCAAUCAAGGAGUUCCCACGAGAAUCUCAUCAAAUUAUAUUAAAAAUGUUAGCACCAAAUCCAAAAGAUAGGUGUCUGAUUGAGGAGGUUUUGAAGGACGAUUGGGUCAAGUCGAUUAAAACUCAUCAACAUGGUGGUAGCAGAGAUGAAUAUGGUAGCUAG